GUUGCGAAAGAACGGCAGAGCGGGAGCCUCUCCGCCCCCGGCUGGACGUGUGAUACGGGAGCAGGACUGUAAUCGAGCCGAGAAAUCCGGGACGAUGUCUCAGACCCCUGUUCUGACGGAGUUCCGCGAGGAGGACCUGAGGGACGCGGCUCUGGUCAGAACGAGCGUCGGUGCGUGUUUGCGAGGCCACCUCGGGAGGACCGCGCGGCGCGUAGCGGUGAAGCUGCUCGGCUGCUCCGCCGCUGGACGCUGUGACUGGCUUGUCCAGGUGAAGAAUGCACUCACAGCAGGCCAAGUCUGUUCUGAGCAAAUACUUGUCCCACUGGGUUUGUUCAGGGCUCCCUCUCUGUUUGGGCUGGUGUGGGACUGGAUGGCUGAGGGAUCCCUGCACUCCUUACUGUAUGAGACACACCUCUAUCCAGACCUGCCCAAGGCCCUCCGGCUUCAGGUCCUUCUGGACGUGGCAGAAGGUUUGAACCACUUGCACGCCAUUCCUCUGCCUCACGGAGCCCUGAAGGCCACCAACGUCCUACUUGACCAGCAGUACCGGGCUAAGUUGUGUGACUGGGGCCAGCAGACGUGCUUAGAUCUAAGGGUACCACUGUCCGGUGGUGGCAGACCAUGUUUUAGAGACUUGGCUUAUAUGUCCCCUGAAGUUAUACAAGGAGGUGCACCAUCUACAAAGGCUGACAUGUACAGUUUCGGUGUUCUGAUUUGGGAGGUGCUAAACCGAAGGCAGCCGUGUGAAGUAAUGGAUCAUUUGCGGACGCUACUACUUUCUGCUCAGGAGGGGGUAGAGACUGGUGUGGAAGUUAAGUUGUUGCCCCUGGAAACUCCCCAGUGCCACAUUCUUACCCGGCUUGUGACCAGAUGCUUGUCCAGUGAGCCAAACCGCCGUCCGCUGGCUGAAGAGUGUGUAGUUGAAAUCAGGAAGGCCGUGGUGGCGUUAGGCUCAGACGCUUGUAUGACAGCUGCCCGCAGGCUAAAAGAAUGCAAGGAGAGGGCGUUGCUUUGCUGUAAGAACCCCACAGCAUGGGUGCUUCCCCUUGAACUCAACAACCUAGAGGGCUACAGUGGUGGCACGCGCAGAAAGAACUUGACGUCUAAGAUGAUUCCAGUGAACAGGCCUUGUUUGAGUAAAGAUGCUCUGCAGAUCCCCAAGUCAGUUGAGACCAGAUCAAGAGGAACCGUUCCUGUCCCAGCCACAGCAAGGGCUUCCCCUCCACCUGGCUGCUGUAAGGAUACUGCCAACAAUCUGGUUUUCUCCAGGGGGACGUCCAGCAUCACUUGCAAUAACCCUGGUUUCAGACAGUGUGGUGUCAUUUGUGAUGUAAGUCAGACACAGACCCCGACUCCCCCAAACACACCGUGUGGCUCCCCUACAGCAGCAAUACAGGCCUCCCUGCAACAUCCCGGUCUUGCAAACCAGGUAUGUCAUGGUUCUGCUGGCUGGAGCUGCUGCCGGCUCCUUCAGGAGAAACGAGAGGCCAUUGUCCACUGUAUGACCGAGGGGCGACUCAACAACUUGCUGGACAUCCUCCGGGCAAGGCAGGCAGUGACACGAGAGGCCUAUGAGCUCAUCACAGCCACCCUCACGUUGACCGCCCGCACACGCUGUCUGCUGGACAUCUGCUCCUGCCUGGGCGAGAACGUUGCUCUCCUGGUGGCCAGUACUUUGGGUCUGGUGUCUAAGGAAGCCACUCACGGCUAUAGCCGCACCCGGAUGGCAUCCGAGGGGCAGGCGGGUUAAGUGAAGUGACACCAGGCAGCUCUUCACACAAGCAAUUACACUAUGUUUAACAUUGAUAUUCAGGGAGUAUCUAGAGAAGCAUGGUGAUCAGGCAGAGAUCUUUCAAGAAGACAAAGAAAAUGACUGGACACUCGGAGGUGUGAUGCUACUAUGCUUGAUCAGAUAACCUGAUUGAUCAGAUUGCGUCAAAUCAUCACACAUCAUGUGAAAGGAGCUUAAUCACCAGGAGUGUGUCAUGUGGAAGUGUUAAUUACAAAACCAGAACACCGUUAUGUAUAAAGUACGUUCCUGAUGAGUGAAACUGCAUCUUCUCCAUUCGUCAAACAGACUGUUCCUCUUUAACAUGUUUCAGUUCACACUGCAUUUGAUCUUAUUAGUGACUUAAAUCAUUAAUAGUUUGUUACAUUUCAGUUUUUUCUUAAAGAAAUCUUUCUGGGGACAAAGCUGCAUGUCCAGUUCAAACGUUUGUACUUUUUAAACGUGUUGUUUGAAGAAAGGUGGGAAAUUGUGCAUGUUGUACAGCAAAGAGAAACUGGCUCUAUGGUAGUAGCAGACUUCAUCCUGCUUAAAUAGUAGCCCAAACGUUGUGUAUCUUGUAACAAGAACAUUUUAUUAUUUUUCUUUUCAUAGUAUGACAUGUUGAUGUCUAAUGUGUGGCAGAGGUGCAUCAAUCAGCAUUCUGUUUAAAUGAAUACUGACUGUGAUUAAGCUACUGUGGAUCACAAAUGGUUGUACAUGAUUAAACUUGGUGGCAAACUGGAUCCAGCACAUUCUGCCCGUGUGUAUAGAUGUCUCAUGCUCUGUAUCAUUCCUCUCUGCUCCUCACAGACUCUGUCUAAUUACAUGGCUGGUCUUUACUCUGUGUGAUUUCAUAGAAAACUGUGGAAGCCCCUCUCUAAGGGGGGCUUUAGAUGCACAUGUUAGAAUUGCCACUCAAGCUGUAAUAUUUAAUGUAUUGCUUGGUUUUAUGUUCAUGACAUAGGAUCCACAUGAGAUUCCCAGAGCAGUUAAAUUGAAAACUUCCACACAAUUAAAUGUUUAAAGGGGA